CGAAAGACCAGCUCUUGCUGACCCGUCGAGUAUUAAACCAAAGUAAACGCCGUCGAAAACCACGACGCCGAAGUAAACUGUAAAGCUUGUUGACCUCGCCUGAAUGCAGCCCCUGGCCUAGCAUUUGGUAUUACACAAGAAAUGGAAGCACCUACUCCAGACAGCCCUGGCAAGCUGAAGUUCCGGUUGCCCGCGCCGCUGGUGACCUCGGACGAGAAGGUCGCAGGAGUUGCCGACAACUCCUUAUUGAGCCCCUCACGAAGGCCAUCAUCUCUUCUCUCAGUUGGGGCGAACAGUCCGCGGUCGUCGGUCCUUCUGAGCAACGCGCAUGCUGCGGCCUCAGCCUGUGCAUCCCAUGCUUCAGGAAGCAAUAGCCCUCGAACUCCCACGCCAAAGUUUGAGGACCCGUUGAUGGCGAUGCCCUCGUUCAAGCGUGGUGUGGCGCCGGUGGAAGCUGCUCCUCCGUCCUUCGCGUCAGGCAUGCCUCAGUCGCCGUCGUUCAGGAUGGCCGCGCUCAACAGCUCCAACAGUUUCUCAGCGAGGCGGAUACACAUGGACUUCAGGCGGUCGCUGCCGGGUGCCGGCGGUGGGGUGGUCAGCACGCCGGGCGAGGUCCUUCCCGGCCGCAAUAGCAACAGCGGGGCUCGGCUCACCUCCGACUAUGGCGGCGAGGCGUUCCCCCCGGCUCACCUGGUCGGGGAUUCGCCCGCGCUCUCUGAACACGGCGGAGCUCCGCCCCCGGAUGACGACGAGGCGACGGAGCAGGACGUGGACGCUGCGUUGCAGAUGCUGGGGCGGCGGCACUCGUUCUUCCCCAUUCGUGAUUCGAACAGCCCCAGCACUAGCGGCAGUAUGCGCGGCCUGCGCAACAGCAUGCGGGUCACGGAGGAUGAAGACUUCAUGCACCGGCUCCAGGUGAACCGCUCGUCGUGGAAGGAGCGUGCCCGUGCCGGAAGCACGAGUCGCGACGUGGGGCCAACGGGCAGCGGCGGCGGCGGCCCAGGGGCUACCGGAGAGGGGCUGCAGAACCAGACACACGCGGCACUGGAGCAGCUGCGUGGCGAGCUAAAGAGCCUGUCAAUGCGUUCCAUGCACGGGGGUGAGGGGGCCGUGCGGCACGUGCCAUUGCCAAGCAUGGCAGCCGUGCCAGGCGCAGGCAGCGGCGGGGGUGGGGGCGCGGGCGUGGCACUGCACAGCUCGCAUAACGGGCCGUUGUCAGCCAGCGUGGUGCCUGCGUCGUCGGUGCCGCAGUGGGGCGGCAGCACACCGCCUGGCACGUCGAGCGUGGACCGGGAGCGGGGCCCCUUUGGCAGGAUCUCCGAGGGGCAGAGCCAGCUCUCGCCGUCGCGUCUGUCCAUCAGCAACCGUGAUGCCGCAAGCAGCGGAGGUGCGGGCGACAUGUCCCCGCUAUCCUCUAUACCCUCGGCCCCUUCGCCUCUGCGGAACACGGUGCGGCACUCCGGCGCGUUUGUUGGUGCACGCGAGUAACAUGUAUGAGUUGACAGUGGCUGCGGCAGGGUUGCUCCUGCUGGCUACGGUUGCUGAAGUCAUGCUAUGCGCCCCAUGUCGGUGGUAACAGUCGUGCCGUGCAAGAGCACCAUGCGGUCGGUUGAGCAGGGGCGUUUGAAUUCAGGUGAAUUCAAUUUGUAAUGGUGUCUCCCUUCAGAGCUUGUAACUCCAGUCCUGUCAUGUUCUGUCGCUUGGGCGCUGGCAGCGGCUGGUUCUACGGCUGUCGGGAUGGCUUGAGGUUAGAUGUACCAGUUUUGCAUCGUACGCAACUCUCGGCCGGUGACCUUAUUUGACUGUGACUCUACUUGUAUUACGCUGGCAACAGUAGUGCUUGACCGGCUGCAAGCGGCUUGGACUGGACAGGUUCCCCUGGCUGUGAAUGCCAAUCAAUACUUGAUUAACGUGCACAUUGCGGUACCUAGCACUGCUUCAACUCAGCAUGCAUGCUGGGCAUGUUGGCUAAGGGACUUGGCCUCAGCAGCUUUGAUCGUAUGGCUUGGCUAUAUGAAUUGGCGGUGGGAGUGCGAUUGGCGGUGGGUGGAUGAGGUGGCGGUCCAGACGGCCCGGGGUAGAGAUGCAAUGUGAGUUUCUGCGCCAACGGCACGCAGAUACAUAUAAUGGCUGGCGAUGAUGUUGCAGUUGCACCACCCGAUGCGGGUGGUGCCUGGAGCAGAAGCACGGAAGGCACAUCGUGGACAAACGGGCGCCCCUAUGGAAUAUGGUCCCAGACGGGUGGCAGGGUCAUAAAGCUGUGAGUUUCCUUGUGCAUGUAAAUUCUUGUCAAG